AGUGAGCAACGAUGAGCUGCUAGCACCGAGCAACACACAAUGUGUUAGCAGCAAAUAUAAUAGACUUUAUAUUGACGCUGGAGUUUUGAUAGCAACCCAUCCAAAAACGUAAUCUCAUAUUCAAGCCCAUGGCGACGAGAGGGGCAAUGGUCCAUGAAGACUUAUGGGUACACAGAGAGUGGCUGGUCCACCAGGGACAACAUCAGGCACUGGAGCACAGAUAACACCUUCAAACCAAUAAACCAUGAUCCCCAUCACUGAACUGCGGUACUUUGUGGACACACAGCCAGCAUACCGCAUCCUGAAACCAUGGUGGGAUGUGUUCACCGACUACAUCUCCAUUGUUAUGCUUAUGAUUUCUGUGUUUGGGGGGACACUGCAGGUCACCCAGGACAAGAUGAUCUGCCUGCCCUGCAAAUGGGUGGUCAAUCAGACCUGCAAGAAGAACUUCAAUUCCACCCUCGCUGCAUCGUUGUUCUUGGAGCCCAAAGGAAUCCAGUAUGAUCUGGACCGCCACCAGUACAACUAUGUGGAUGCUGUGUGCUAUGAGAACAGAUUGCACUGGUUUGCCAAGUAUUUCCCCUACCUAGUAUUACUCCACACCCUUAUUUUCCUGGCUUGCAGCAACUUUUGGUUCAAGUUCCCUCGGACUAGCUCAAAACUAGAGCACUUUGUAUCCAUCUUGCUGAAAUGCUUUGAUUCCCCAUGGACUACUAGGGCACUGUCAGAGACAGUAGUUGAAGAGAGUGAUCCGAAACCGAUGAAAAUGAACGGCUCAAUGGACCACAAGGAGUCUGUUAUCAGUGAGGAUGUUGAAGCAAGUGUUCCUAUGCUCCAAAGGACAAAGACACGCUUUGAGCAGGGCAUUGUAGACAGAACAGAAACGGGUGUUUUGGACAAGAAAGAGGGUGAACAGGCAAAAGCCCUGUUUGAAAAAGUGAAGAAGUUCCGUAUUCAUGUGGAAGAGGGAGACAUUGUGUACAGACUGUACAUCCGUCAGACUAUCAUCAAAGUUAUCAAAUUUAUUUUGAUAAUCUGCUACACAGGGUAUUACGUCCACGAUAUUAAAUUCAGUGUUGACUGCUCGGUCGAUAUAGAAAGUCUGACAGGUUACAGUGUGUACCGUUGUGCUCAUCCAUUGGCUACACUUUUUAAAAUCUUGGCCUGUUUUUACAUUAGCUUAGUAGUGGUGUAUGGUUUGAUCUGCAUGUAUACCCUUUGCUGGAUGCUUCGGCGCUCUCUAAAGAAGUAUUCUUUUGAGUCAAUACGGGAAGAGAGCAGCUACAGUGACAUACCUGAUGUUAAGAAUGACUUUGCAUUCAUGUUGCACAUGAUAGAUCAGUAUGACCCUCUGUACUCUAAGCGAUUUGCUGUGUUCCUCUCUGAAGUAAGUGAAAAUAAGCUGAGGCAGCUCAACCUAAACAAUGAGUGGACACUGGACAAGCUCAGGCAGAGGAUAACUAAGAACUCUCAGGAGAAGUUGGAGUUGCACCUGUUCAUGCUCAGUGGCAUUCCAGACACAGUAUUUGAUCUAAUAGAGCUGGAGGUUCUUAAACUGGAGCUCAUCCCAGACAUCACCAUCCCCCCGAUCAUCGCUCAGCUGAUUAACCUGCGAGAGAUGUGGCUCUACCACACUCCAGCCAAAAUUGAAGCUCCAGCAUUGGCUUUUUUACGAGAGAAUUUGAAGUCUCUGCACAUCAAGUUCACCGACAUCAAAGAGAUUCCCUUAUGGAUCUACAGUCUGAAGAAUCUCAGUGAGCUUCAUCUCACGGGGAAUCUCAGUGCUGAUAACAACCGUUACAUUGUCAUCGAUGGGCUGCGAGAGCUCAAGAGGCUCAAAGUUCUUCGUCUAAAGAGCAAUCUCACCAAGCUACCUCAGGUGGUGACUGAUGUUGGCAUGCACCUCCAGAAGCUGUCCAUCAAUAAUGAAGGCACCAAGCUGAUGGUGCUCAACAGUUUAAAGAAGAUGGUUAACUUGACCGAAUUGGAGCUCAUUCGCUGCGAUCUGGAACGCAUACCGCACUCAAUCUUCAGCUUGCACAACUUGCAGGAGAUUGAUCUGAAGGACAACAACCUGAAGACAAUUGAGGAGAUCAUCAGCUUCCAGCACCUUCACCGGCUGGUCUGCCUUAAGCUCUGGUACAACCAGAUUGCCUACAUUCCCAUCCAGAUAGGCACACUGACCAACAUGGAGAAGCUGUACCUGAACAGAAACAAGAUUGAAAAGAUUCCCAGUCAGUUGUUUUAUUGCCGCAAGCUUCGAUUUUUGGACCUUAGCCAUAACAACUUAACCUAUAUCCCAACAGACAUUGGGUUUCUCCAGAAUCUUCAAUACCUGGCAGUGACAGCUAAUAGAAUCGAGAGCCUACCUAAUGAGCUGUUCCAGUGCAAGAAACUUCGCACUUUGAACUUGGGAAACAAUUGCCUGCAGUCUCUGCCAUCGCGAUUCGGAGAGUUGACCGGGUUGACACAGCUAGAGCUGAGAGGAAACCGUCUGGAGUGCUUGCCAGUAGAGCUAGGCGAGUGCCGACAGUUAAAGAGAACCGGCCUUGUGGUGGAGGAGGACCUCUUCAACACCCUGCCCACAGAGGUUAAGGAACAGUUUUGGAAAGUUGACAAAGAGCAGACUUAAACAGGUCUGUGGCUGCGAGUAAAAACAGAUACUCACCUACUGGGCCCUGACACAGGAGGAAUGCCCACACUUGUUGAAGCAGGCUGCUGAUGUGUACAGCCAGAGGGGUUGGGUAUCGAGUACCAGUGCCAGUUUGACAAACCCAGAAUACUGAUUCUUACUGAUUCUCAGCUGCCAGUAGUUCUCCUAAUUAUUAACUGUCCAGCUGAUUUGCUUCCUUCACAAACAACUUCUCAGGCCCUUCCAUUAUAGCUCAGUAAUGAUGCUUUUUAGCAAUAAUUAAGCAGUGCCAUUGUGAUGCACAAUGUGCGUUUACAUUUUGUGCUUCUCAGUUAUGGAAGUAUGAGUAUGCAAAACUUUAGGCCAACUUUGCUAAAGACUGAAAUAGACCAUGAACAAAGUUUCUACCAUAGCCAGUUAGAAACAGGAGGCUGCUGUCAUCUAAUCCAGAUUUUUUUUUAAGGGAACAAAUGAGAUAAGAAAUUCUACAAUUCUUAAUUUCUAGUCAAACAACAAUCACUUACUCCAGCUGUUUUGACUUGUAUGUCAGUCUAUAUUGCAUCAUUACAUGCUAAGCUAUUAAUCAAGAAAGGAAAGAAGCUGUAGUAGUCUUUUUGUUUUUUUGAGGAAACAUUUAAGUAGAUGUUCACUUAUUAUAUUUGAUAAAUCACCUGAUCAAAAUUAAACUUCUUAGUCAAGUUUGCAAUCCUAUGCAUUUGAGUCAGAAGACCUGACUAUUAACCUGACAUAAUUUGUAACUGUUGGUCAGUGUUUUCCCUGCUCUAGGGAGAUGAUCAUGAUCAUGGUUCUCAACAGUCCACUUAUUAUAAGCAGAUUUUUAUCUAUGUGCUGUGCUAUGUUUGAAAUUGAUUUAUAAAAUCAAGAAAGUAUGAAAAACUCAAAAAUCAGGAAUAAUGAGAGGAUCUUGUGUACAGUAGGAUGGAGAGGGUUCGUGAUGAGACUGUUUUUAAGUUAAAAUGAUGCCUUCCGAGUACAGGAGGGUCUGCGUGAUGUUAAUUUCAUCAUCAGACCACACAGACUUGUCCACAUUGUCUUCCUGGAGAUGCUGAUCUACUGCGCAUGUGGAGAAUGCAGAGAAAACAGAGUUACUACACAUCUGUGGUGUCUGCACCGGUCCAUGUACGAGUCUGCUGGGAGUCUAUCUGUGGCUUUAUUAGUGCAAGUGUUUCAGAGGCAGAGGAGUUGUCUUUGGUUGGCUCAAGUCAUUGUAACAGUACAGCAUGUUGUUUUAGAGUGUGACUUAAGUUGAGCUUGUUUAGCAGAGUGACGGGGUUGUUGACCUCUUUCUGGGGAUAGAUGUUCAGUCAUUUUGACCUAACAGUUGAGGAAAAGCAAUUAUUCUACUAUUCUACUCAGUGAACUAGCAUUACAAAGCAUCAGCCCCAUUCAAUUAAAGUACAGGAGCAUCUUUUCAGCAAGCAGAUACCCAACUCUUACUGGCAGUACACUAUUAAGUGGGAUUUUAGCUAAAUCUAUUACAUGGCCAUGCUGCAUUCACAGUUUUUGUUUGCAAUGAAUUGCACAAAACAAAAUGAACACAUUUUAGAAAAUAAAAAGGUUUGAAGGAUACAAGUCAUGUCAAUGUCAAUGAAAGGUUGUAGAGGAUAAUGCAUUGCUGAUAUUAAAAUGGGAAUGGGUCAUUUUUUUGGGGGGGAAAAGAAACUUUCUAUAAAAUGGUCUGAUUGUGUUGCCCUUUUUAGAUGUAGAUGCUUACCCGAAACACUUUUCUUUGCCGUGGUGGAUAUGAAGUAACCAUUGGUCAACUACCCCUGAGUGUUGUUGUCUACAAACAAUAAGUCAACAACCGGACAUGUCCUCAAAUGUGUUUUUCUAAGAGCCUGGCUUUGUGUUCACUUCAAUUUGUUAUCAGAACAUUGUAAGAUUUGUAUGAUGUCUCUCUCUUAAUAAUAGUUAUUCAAUUAUUUCAGUCUUCCUGAACUGCAUUAGCCAAAAAAGAACACAGUGUUCAGAGUAAAUGCUGUUCACUUGCGUAUCAAUAUUACAGCCACCUUAAAUCUAGAAAUAUUGUAGUUGAUUCAGAAGAUUCAUCAAAGUUAGGUGAAUAAAAUCAUGGCCAUGUCUGAAAGGUCAUAGUACUGAAAUUUGAAAUAUUUUACUAGCUUUUGAAAACUAACUACCCUCAAUUUUAUUGGGGUAAAAAAACACGAACUCUCACACAUUUAUUAGGAGGUAUGCGCAUGUUUGAGAGAGCCAGGUCUUUCAGGUUAGUUGCCUUAACCACUGUUCUUUCCUUUUGUGUUAUGUACUGUUUCUGUUAUGUUUAUUGUGGCAUCUGCAUAGUUCAUAACAAUAGUAGUACUUCUACCCAAAUAAUAAUGGCUGGUUUUAUUUUUUUGUUCUAAUGUUUCAUUUUGUCACUUUCUGUGGACAUUUCUGCAGACAAGCAGCCAUACUUGACACCAUUAAUCCAUUAGAGUAACUAGGAAAAUAAGUGAUGGAUGAGACAGACUUUCUUUUCUGUUUUGAUGUUGGCUCUGCUAAUUUAAUGUUUUUGUCAUAAAUGUUCCCAUUAAUGCGACUUUUAAGUCUCUAAACAAGUGUUGCUGUGCACUGCUAACAGCCACUAGAAGUGUACAUUUUAAAUCUGAAGAUUAUGAUUUUUUUAUUAUAUAGUAAUUUCUCCAUUGUAUUUGUAAAAAAGAAAAAAAAGUGUAGAAAUGUAUCAGCUUAGAUAAUAAUUAUUGCAUUUUGGUAAUGAAAGAGGGGUUUUUAGUGUAUGUUUGAAUUUUUUGUUGGUGCAAGUGUGUGUGUGUGUGUGUGUGUGUGUGUGUGUGUGUGUGUGUGUUGGUGUCGGAUACACUCCUCACCUUCUAUGGAAACCCAUUCCCGACAGGAAAAUUAAAAAAAGAUAAAAAGCUAGGAAAUAAUCAAAAUCUUAAUACAAAGUAUAAAUGAUGACCUAUCAUUUUAUUGUAGUAAUAUCCCAAACUUGGACUUGUUGCCCUACAGCAGGCAUGUCCUGGGUUCAAACCCACCAAAAGUUUCACUUUGUAUCUUAUUUUGUUGCAAUAUUAACUUAGUAUUUCAUAAUGAUAGCACAUACCAUAUGUAUUUCUACUUUUUAUCAUUCGUAAUUGUUUACUUUUUCUGUCAGUAAUGGAUUUCCAUACUUUUCAGGUCAGGUCAUCUUAAUUGUUAUAAUUUAUCUGCAAACUAUUUGGUGUGAAUAGAAAAGUUGAAUGCUUAUUUGCCUGAGGGUGACUUUUCUGCACUGGUGUUUUGCCACAGUAAGCAGCACAGUGCUUAAAAAUGUGGACUUCUGAAUACAAGAUCACUGCACAGCUCUGACACAGCACAACACACUAUUAGGGGUCCUGGUGUUUUUACCCCUCCGAAAAAAAAUAAAAAUAUCAGUUUAUGUUUUAACCUUGCUGUGCAAAGAAAACAUGGACAGUAGCAAUAUAUACUACAGUAACUAAGUUGAAAAGCAUAGGAAUAGUGACUGAGUUUAAACUAUGUACAUUUAUUUCAGUAACAUGUUGAACUAUGCUAUAUUGUGCAAUAUUGCCUUGAUUUAAACUAUGUAAAGGGUAGUUAGUAGUGAUUUAGUUUUCUAAUGUGCAUGGGCAUUCUUUUUUUGUCACAUUCAUUUAACUGAGGUGAUGGUGAGACUUUGAAUUUAAGUAGAGUGCUCUGAGAGAAUGCUUUUGCACUGUAGCACCUCCCACAAGUCACAUUAAGAUAAAUGCCAGUAAUGUUAUACAACUGAUGUAUACAAGAUAUGUUUUCUAGUAUGGGUGUAUAUAAGGUAUAAGGUUCAAAUGAAUGACUGCCAGCUAUAAGAUUAAAAUUGUAUAUGAUCAUUAUUUCAGGAUUUUUUGAACUAAUGAUUGGAAGACAAAUUAAUGGUCCUACAGUUACCUUUAAAUCCCACCUGGAGCAUAUAAAUGACACCUCAGUAAAACACCACAGAUUAAGACAAUCAAGACUACUCUAAUUAAGAGUGACAGUUUUGCAGUUUGUAGUUUACACUGCAAGUAAAUGGUCAGUAUAAUUUUAAAAAAGCAUUUUGUUGGUUGCUAGUAGUGAGUGGUAUCAGUAAGUGUGUCAUGAUUUUGUUGCAUAGUCAUUUUGCUUUCUGUUUUUCCCCUCUUCUCAUUUUGACUUUUUAUUUUUUCUAUUUUGACAGCUAUUAGUAUUAUUACAGUAUAACUAAAUUUCUCAGGAAACCAGCUAGUACUCACUUCUUUUUUGAGUUGAUUGCCUAUUUUUUUUACUACACCAGGUAUUUUUAUUAAUUUAAACAGUUGUGAUAACAUUUUAUAUGCAUUUCUAUACAUUCUUUUCUAGUUUGGUGUACUUAAUAUUGACUGCUGGUUUAAAAUGUGUUUUGUGUUUUUAAAGAAACCACUUGGUUUAACCUUGAUUAAUUGUUUUUUGUCAGUGAUCACAUAUUAAUUGAGCCCAUCAUUUCAUAGAUCUUCAUUGUGACUAGCAUGAGGUGUGUGUGUGUGUGUGUGAGAGUGUGUGUUAUCCAUGUGUAUGUCCACUUUUGUUGUUCUCUUAAAUUCAUUAUCUUGGGUACAAAUCAUUCUUCAAGGUUUCCCAACUCAGUUCCAAUCAUUAGUGAUGAGCAAAUGUCAUUACAUGCAGUGUUUGCUUGCCAAAAGUUCAACAACAAUUCAUUAAAGAGGAAAUCAUCAGGUCAUCAGUAUUGACAUGAAUGAUGUGAUCAUGAAUACUCUGUUUUGAACAUGUGUCAGUCUCAUCCUCUCUUGUACACACUCCACUAGAGGUGCAUAGGUAAAUAAACUUGGUUG